AGCUCUCACCCUAAGCUCGUGGACCGCAAUGCAUUUACUGUACGUGAGCCGUGUUUUCUUCUACAAGUUUUCGUUUUCGGGAUGGAGAUUGAGACGUGGGAUUCGCUCGAGAUGGUGGUGAAGGAAUUUGAGGUGGGAUGGGGCUUCGUAGAGGAAGGGAUUAGAAAGAUCAAGAACAUCUUACAAGGGCGAGAUAAAACCAAUUUCAGCGCCAAGGCAUACAUAAAUUUGUACACAACUGUCUACAUGAUGUGCUCGCAGAAAAGUCCUUAUCAGUACGACGAGGACUUGUAUGACAAGUAUAAGGCAGUGUUCGACGACUACAUCACUUCAGUGGUGUUGCCUUCAUUGAGAGAGAAGCACGAUGAAUUCAUGUUGAAGGAGCUACUUAAACAAUGGUCAAAUCAUCGACUUAUGUUUCGCUGGCUCUCACGUUUUUUCGAUCAUCUCGAGCGUCACUACGUUAAGAAGUCGAAAAAGCCUAAUCUUAGCGCCGUCGCUCUGACGUGUUUUCGCAAUCUGGUUUAUGAAGAGGUGAAGGGCAAAGCGAAAGAUACAGUGAUCUCGUUGAUUGAUCAAGAACGUGAAGGCGAACAGAUCGACAAAGCCUUAGUGAAGAAUAUCGUGGAUAUUUUUGUCGAGAUUGGAGCGUCGGAGUUGGACUACUACACAGAAGAUUUUGAAAAAUUCUUCCUCAAGCAUACUUCUGCAUAUUAUUCUCGAAAGGCUUCAGAGUGGAUUUUGGAGAAGUCAUGUCUGGAUUACAUACGAAAUGCUGAGGAGUGCUUAAAGAUCGAAAAGGAUAGAGUUGCUCAUUACCUGCACUAUUACAGCGGAGAGAAAUUGUUGAAGAAAGUACAACGUAAGUUACUGAUUGAGCACGCGAGCCAGCUUUUGGAGAACGAAUAUUUCGGCUUCCGUGCAUUGCUUCGUGACGAGAAGGUGGACGAUCUUUCGAGGAUGUAUAGGCUGUUCAGUAAGAUCACUAAUGUGCUAGAACAAGUUUCGGAGAUGUUCAAGCAGCAUGUCGUUGCGGAAGGUACCGCGCUGGUGAAGCAAGCGGAGAAUUCUGCCAGCAAUAAGCAGGGGAAUAAAAAGGACAUUGUCGGUCUGCAAGAACAGAGCUUCGUUAGAAAAGUUAUCGCGCUUCACGACAAGAACUUGGCCUACGUGAAUGAUUGCUUCCAGAAUGACUCCCUUUUCCAUAAGGCGCUCAAAGAGGCGUGCGAGUUUUUCUGCAACAAAAACAUCAUGGGGAGUUCGAGCGCGGAGUUGUUGGCUAGCUUUUGUGAUAAUGCGCUAAAGAAUGGCGGAGGCGAGAAACUAAGUGGUGAAGCUAUUGAAGAGAUGCUCGAGACGGUCGUAAAGUUGCUCGCUUUUAUCCACGACAAGGACCUUUUUGCAGAGUUUUACAGGAAGAAGCUCGCUAGGAGGUUGCUUUUCGAAAGAAAUGCUAGUGACGAGCAUGAAAGGAGUUUUCUCGCGAAGUUGAAGCAGGAGUGCGGAGGGCAACUCACCUCAAAAUUGGAGGGAAUGGCUACCGAUAUUACACUCGCGAGAGAAAACCAAGCGAGUUUUGAGGAGUAUUUAGAUUCUGACCCUCAUGUGGAUCUUGAUCUAGAUUUCACGGUGACAGUCUUGACAGCCGGAAUCUGGCCUACUUACAAAUCCUUUGACGUCAGCCUUCCUGCCGAGAUGCUGAAGUGUGUUGGGGCUUUCAAAGAGUUUUACGCGGCGAAAACCAAGCGCAGGAAGCUUACAUGGAUAUUCUCGUUGGGCACCUGCAUCGUCAACGGCAACUUCGAGCCCAAAACUAUGGAGCUGAUUGUCACAACCUAUCAGGCUGCUCUUUUGCUGCUAUUCAAUGCCGCGGAUAGAUUGAGUUAUUCGGAUAUUGUGGAGCGGCUGCAAUUGUCGGAGAACGAUGUUGCGAGAUUGUUGCAUUCCCUCUCCUGCGCGAGAUACAAGAUUCUCACAAAAGAGCCGAAUACCAGAUCCAUCUCUCCGACUGAUGUUUUUGAGUUCAAUUUGAAGUUCACCGACAAGAUGAGAAGAAUCAAGAUACCUCUCCCCUUAGUAGAGGAGAAGAAGAAGAUAAUCGAAGAUGUCGACAAGGACAGAAGAUUUUCUAUCGAUGCCGCAAUCGUGCGUAUCAUGAAGAGCCGUAAAGUUUUAAGCCAUCAACAGUUGGUAACGGAAUGCAUCGAACAGCUCAGUCACAUGUUCAAGCCGGACUUGAAGGUGAUAAAGAAGCGGAUCGAGGAUCUCAUCACGAGAGAGUAUUUGGAGAGAGAUGACGAUAACCCUAGCUUGUUCAGAUACUUGGCUUGAUCGGCGGCUCUCUCUCCUUUCUUUGAAACAAAAGUUUCUGAAGUUUUGUUCUGACGGCAAAUCUGACAGCACAAGA